CGCUGGCUGUCACCCGGAAGGAGAAGCCGGGCUUCGGACUAUAUGGUGCCGUGCUGGUGGUGUCGCUGUAGAGAGCUGCUGCUGCUCUCAGGAGCCAGCGCGGAUCAUUUGUUGGCAGUACAUAUUGGCUGAAGUCAGUUUUCAUUUCAAGAUGUUCUGCUCCGAUGGGCUACCGGUGUAGGAUGUUGGAGAACCAAGAACCGGAGGAGGUGACCACGGUGCGUGUUCAGGACCCCCGGGUACAGAAUGAGGGCUCCUGGAAUUCUUACGUGGAUUAUAAGAUAUUCCUUCAUACUAACAGCAAGGCCUUCACUGCCAAGACCUCCUGUGUGCGGCGCCGCUACCGUGAGUUCGUGUGGCUGAGGAAGCAGCUGCAGAGGAACGCAGGUUUGGUGCCUGUACCAGAACUUCCUGGGAAGUCCACUUUCUUCGGCAGCUCUGAUGAGUUUAUUGAGAAGCGACGACAAGGACUGCAGCAUUUCCUAGAAAAGGUCCUGCAAAGCGUGGUGCUUCUGUCAGACAGUCAGCUGCACCUCUUCCUCCAGAGCCAGCUCUCAGUGCCCGAGAUCGAAGCCUGUGUCCAGGGCCGAGGGCCCAUGACUGUGUCCGAUGCCAUUCUUAGCUAUGCUAUGUCAAACUGUGGCUGGGCCCAGGAGGAGAGACAGAGCACCUCCCACCUGGCUAAGGGAGACCAACCCAACAGUUGCUGCUUUCUUCCCAGAUCAGGGAGGAGGAACUCACCUUCCCCACCGCCCGGCGAAGAGAAGGACCACUUAGAGACAUGGGCUCCAGUCAUCGACUCUGAGGGCCCAUCCUUAGAAAAUGUCAUGCCGCCACCCAACUCGUCACCAUCAUCCUGUGAUAUUGCAAGACCCUCUGAGGGGCUCUCUGCAUCCCAGCCUGUGAGGAGGGCUGUGGGCGGGGACCAUGCUGUGCCUUUGGAUCCUGGUCAACUAGACCCAGUGUGGGGAAAGUGAGCUGUGGCCGAGCUCCAUCCGGGUUCUCCUGGGCGGUGGAGAAGAUGCAGGCCGCAGUCACAGUGAGAUGGGUUGGGCACAGGGCAGGCGAAGGGGAA